AUGGCGACCACGACCACAAUAACGACGAGAAGCCGUAGGGCUCAGAGCGAAGCAAAAUUGGCGCCCCUCAAGCUGGCCGAAGCGUCCCAGUAUCCCGACAUCCAAACCAUCCGCGACGCCAUCCCCGCGCAUUGCUUCAUCCCCUCAACCUUGCGCUCACUGGGCUAUGUGGUCCGCGACGUGGCCAUGGCGACGGCCCUCGGCUGGGCCGCGCUGACCUACAUCCCACAGAUAGGCAAUUCGGCAUGUCGCACCGCCGCCUGGAUCCUGUACGGUUACGUCCAGGGCCUAGUCUGCACGGGCAUCUGGAUCCUGGCGCAUGAAGCCGGCCACGGCGCCUUCUCGGUGCACCGCCGGUUAAACGACGUCGUCGGCUGGACGCUGCACUCCGCGCUGCUGGUGCCCUACUUCAGCUGGAAGUUCUCGCACCACCGCCACCACCGCUUCACGGGCAACAUGGAGAAGGACAUGGCCUUCGUGCCGCACACCAAGGCGGACCGCGAGAAGAAGAGGCUGGUCGAUCUCUACUUUGACCGGGAGCUGUUCGAGGACGUGCCCGUUGUGCAGCUUGGCAAGCUGCUGGCCCACCAGCUGGGCGGCUGGCAGAUGUACCUGCUGUUCAACGUCUCGGCGGGGUCCGAGAGCCAGCAGCGCAAGGAAGCCGGCUGGUGGCGCGUCAGCCACUUUGAGCCCACCAGCGCUGUGUUCCGCUCGAGCGAGGCCAUCUACAUCGCCAUCUCGGAUCUCGGUCUUGCCAUUGUCGGAGGUCUCCUGUACCUCGCCUCGACCGUCGUCGGCUGGAAGAUGGUAUUUCUGUUGUAUGGUGUGCCGUACUUCUGGGUCCAUCACUGGUUGGUUGCCAUCACCUACCUCCACCACACCCAUCCCAAUGUCCACCACUUCGACGCCGACAGCUGGACCUUCGUCAAGGGCGCACUGGCCACUGUCGACCGCGACUUUGGGUUCGUCGGCCGCCACCUCUUCCACGGUAUCAUUGACACCCAUGUCGUGCACCAUCUCUUCCCGAGAAUCCCGUUCUACAAGGCCGAGGAGGCCACUGAGGCCAUCAAACCGCUCCUCGGCGACCUCUACCACCGCGAGGAGCGCUCCUUCAUCGGCCAGCUCUGGUCGACCUUUACCCAGUGCAAGUAUGUCGAGGCGGACCCCGCAGUGCCUGGCGCGCUGAAGUGGGCCGAGAACAAGUAA